AUGAAAGAAAUUACAGAGGUCGACAUCGGAGGAAAGCGAGGAAGAGGCCAGCCAAACCAAGGUGGCCGGAAGAGCUCCGAGUCCAAGGCAAGUACAGGCUCAGACUCAUCAUCUGACGAGGACGAUGGAAAAAUCUCAGUGAUCGUAGAGCCCUGUUCUGGAAGGUUUUGGAACCAACAGAGACAGAAGAAGGAUGUGUACAAGAUGGACCAUGUUCCACGGGGAUGUGCCUUAAUCGUCAGCAACACGAAGUUUAACGGACGACCACCUAGAAAAGGUGGAGACGUCGAUCUUAGCAAUGUUACAGCCUUGUUCAAGGGCCUGUCAUUUGAAACGUACAUCUUGGAGAACAUCACAGCAAAGGGGAUAGAAGACGAAAUCCUCGCAUUUUCUAAGCGACAAGAGCACAGUCAGAUGGACUGCUGUGUCGUGGUGCUGAUGUCACAUGGACACAGAAACGUCAUUGCGGGAACAGACAACAAACCUGUGCGACUGGAGGACAUCUUUACCAUGUUUGACAACGACAAAUGCCCUCAACUGAUUGGAAAACCAAAGCUGUUCUUCAUACAAGCCUGCCGCGGAGGAAAAGUGGACAAAGGUGUGGCUGUACCUGAAGACGAUGAGGAUACUUUAGAACCCGUCUUUAGGAACGGCCUUAAGAGUGAGAUGAGAAGCCUGCUACAAAUCACGACAGAGGAGGAUGAAAGUGACGGACCUGAGACAAAGCCAACCAGAACUGACAUGUUGUUUGGCUACGCAACACAAUUAGAUCAUAAGGCCUUUAGGGACUGCACGAGCGGCAGUUGGUUCAUCAAGACGAUCACCGAGGUCUUCAUGAAUCAGGCAAAGGACAAACACCUACUCGAGCUGAUGACAACGGUGAUGUCGGAAGUGUCCAAACGGACAGCAUCAUCCUCAACCAAACCGGAAAUCCGCGGAGGCAAGGAAGUGGCGGAGUUCGUCUCCAGUUUACACAAGAUGCUUUACUUCUUCCCAGGUAAAAACAUACCUCGCAAGACCAAGCGCCAACAUUCCACUGACCGUUCUAACUCAUCAGACGAGGACAGUCCUGUCUCUUCUUCAAAAAGACAAAAGAAAGUCAAAUCAGCAGGAAAGAAGAAGAAAGGAGGUACGUCUACACAUGCAGGUGGUGGUGUUACAGAUAUCAGGAAGUGUGUUGACAUGGUAAGUAAAAAUGUCCGAUCUAGUUGGGACGAUCUGGCCCGUCAGCUUGGUUUCGACCACGAAGAAAUUGAAGAGAUUCGAGAUUUGCGCGGAGACCACAGACGCAGGUGUAUUGUGGUGCUGGACAGGUGGAUUGACAAGCAUGGAGACGAUGCUACAAUGGAGGAUCUUUCAGAGGCACUUGUUCAGACUGGUAAAAAGGAUGUGGCGGACAAGUUAAAGAAAUGCCAGUUCUAA